GAAGGAUAGAACACAAAUAUCCUUCCCCUCCCACUAGUCACAUCUACAAACCAUAAUGGCUGGAAGUCAGGUUUUGUAUUGCAAGGUAAAUAAAAAAGAGCAGGAUAAAUAAAGCAAAAGAAGUAAAAGAAGGUGAAUUUAGACAUUGACUGUGCAGACUGUAUAACUGACAGAAAGACAAACAGAGGAGAGAGGAACAGAUUAUUUAAUUUGACCAAAGAUUCUCAAAGUAUUUCAGGAAAGGUCCCAACACCUUCUGAAACUUCUUGCUUCAGUUACAAACUGAAUCUAGGCAGGACAUAAUGUAGAAAUACAAAUCCUUAACAUUUCAAACAUAACAAAUGAAAUGGCAAUACACAGAAUUAGUUUGUAAGGGUGUAAAAGUCCUCUUAGCCCAAAUGUGCUGUGGGUCAACGCACACAAUGCAGCAUUGCUCCAAGCACCAGCAGUACUACACUUUAAAUGCGUAAAUGUGGCCUUUGUCCAGCACCUCAUGGCAGAAGCAGAAAACUGAACUGCCAUCCCUGCUUAAUUCUCUGCCUUCAUUCACAAAAUGAGGUUCAUUUAUUAUUGUUUAAAUUACUAACACUGUGUUGAUAGGUGGUCAGAGGCUGCAAAUGAUGCGUGGUCCUCCAAUAGCACCUCCACUGCCCCGGCCUCCUCCACCUCCUCCCAUGAUGCUCCCUCCUACCCUGCAUGGCCAGACAUCUCAGGGUGCUUCUCAGCCUAUUCAGCAUAUGACUGCUGCACCUCAGGUCGCUGAUAUGGUCUCCAUGGUGUCAGCCCCAGCAACAAGACAAGUGGUCCCGCCUCCCAUCAAGGCGACGCCAUCAAUCAUCCAGGCAGCACCAACUGUGUACUCUGCUCCUCCUGCCUCUGCUGGACAUAAAAGAAAUGAUAUCAGAGCUCAGAGACAAGCCAGAAUGGAGGAACUGGCAGCACGGGUUGCAGAGCAGCAGGCAGCAGUGAUGGCAGCAGGUCUUCUGGACAAAAAGGAGAGUGAAGACAGCAGCACCGUCAUUGGACCCAGCAUGCCUGAGCCUGAGCCACCCCACACUGAGCCUGUGGAAAGUGCUACAGAGGACAAAAAGAAAGCAAAGGUGGAGAAGGUGAAGAAGUGUAUACGAACAGCAGCAGGGACCAGCUGGGAGGACCCAAGUCUGCUGGAGUGGGAUUCAGAUGAUUUCCGUAUAUUCUGUGGUGACCUUGGUAAUGAGGUUAACGACGACAUACUGGCCAGAGCCUUUAGCAGAUACCCAUCUUUUCUCAAAGCAAAGGUGGUGAGAGAUAAACGUACAGGAAAGACUAAGGGCUACGGCUUCGUCAGCUUCAAGGAUCCAAAUGACUAUGUCAGAGCUAUGAGGGAGAUGAAUGGGAAAUAUGUUGGCAGUCGUCCCAUCAAAUUAAGAAAGAGCAUGUGGAAGGACCGCAACAUCGAAGUGGUGCGCAAGAAACACAAAGAGAAGAAGAAACUUGGUCUCAGAUAGUCUUCAUAAAGUGACACUGUGCAUUGUGCUCACCAGUGGACAGACAAAAAAAAAAAACACACUGAGAGCAGGGCUGUUAUUUUUAUGUCCAAUCAGGAGAUGUACUGAGAUUGUGAGGAUGUUGACUCUUUUUUCCCCCCUUUCUUUUCCUUCUUUAAAUAAAACCAUAAUUUCUA